AUGGAAAUGAACACAUGGAAUAACCACAUUGGAAAGACUGGAGUUAAUGCAGCAGGGGAGGCUGAAGGACAGGGCCUGGUGAUCCCCCAGGCUGUGGGUGAUGUGAAGCUGCGGCGCUGUGGUUACUGCCUGGUGAAGCAGCCCAUGAGAGCCAGGCACUGCCAGCUGUGCCAGCACUGCGUGCGGCGCUACGACCACCACUGCCCCUGGAUCGAGAACUGUGUGGGAGAAAGGAACCACCCCCUCUUCAUAGCCUACCUGACUGUGCAGCUGGUGGUUCUGCUGUGGGGAGGCCACGUUGCUUGGUCAGGCCUCUACUUUCAACAGUCCUGGGAAUGGCUGAAGUACAACAUUUUCCUCCUGCUCUCCUUCCUCCUGAUAGUCAUAUUCACCACUGUGGUCCUGCUGCUGCUUGUUUCCCACCUGUACCUCAUCUCGUGCAACACCACAACCUGGGAGUUCAUGUCCCACCACCGCAUCUCCUACCUGCGCCACUCCGAGCUGGAGAAUCCCUUUGACCAGGGGAUAAUCCUCAACCUCUGGAGAUUCUUCUGCUCACGCCACCUCACUGCAUGGGAGCAAAUCUAUUUCCACAGGAACAGUGAGCCUGUCUAGUCCCAGGAGUACCAACACACCUGCAGGUUGCUGGGCAGAGCUUUGCUCGUGCAAUUGCUGCUGCUUCCUUGCACUGAACUUUAACACAUCACGGACUGUGCAACCUGCUCCACAACCUGCUCGUCCUGCAAAGUACAUUUCAGGAAUAGCCAGGGUUAUUUUUUAUAUACAAAUAACACUGUUAAAGAUGAGACACUGGUUCUGGGAAGGCCAAGGCCAGCAGAGCUGAUUUCUGGUCUGAGCAAAGGUAUCUCUCUAAAUUUAUUUCCUUUUCUUAAUUGCAUCCACAUCUCCUGAAGAAUUCUCUUCCCUGAGGUCUCCCUUUCCUUUUGCUGCUAGGAAAAAGCAGCAAUUACAGACAAAACCAGCCAGGUUCAAUAUAAUUCCUGUGGCCUUUCUUCAGCCUAGUUCUGACUGUGAGAACUACAGUGCCUUUUGUCAGUAGUACUGGGCAUGAAACAAAUACUUGAGUAAAUAUUUAGACAGUCAAAAGCAAAUUUCAUUUCAUCCACAUGCCUCAAGUUAAUGCUUUCCACAAAGCUUUGAGGCUUAACACUGUUAAUGUGCAUGAGAAACAGCUGUAAGACACCCAAUUCAGCUUAUGAGAUAAUUAGCCUGUACUUUGUGAUGCCCUGAGCAGCUUCCUCACAGCUUUUUAAGUUGAUGCUGCUGUUACCAAUUCACAGGCUAUUUUGAACUAAGUCAGCAAAGAAUAAUACCAUCCACUUUUCUCUGGAUAGAAAAGUUAUGCUUGGCUACUGAGUUAUUGGUAAAACUACUACUACCUCAACAUACUAGUGAGAUUUUAAUAAAAGAAUACAAUUUCAGUGCAAGGGGAAAGCUGCCAGGUCCUGGUGGAUGAGACGAGGAGUGCUGACAGCUUCCAGGACAGCAGCAAGUGUACUUGUUUUCCAUUGAAAUAAAAGGUCAUACUUCAAUUUUCCAUGGGAUAUUAAAAGGAAGUUUGGGAUGGCCAACUUCAGCUUUAAAAACAGAGAAGGCUGUGGUGUCAAUUUUAGUCCUGACCCUUUUCUGUUAAAAAAACAAAACAAAACAAAACAAAAAACAACCAAACACCAAAAAACACCACAACAAAAUGUUAGUUAAAAUUAUUUUGUGCCUUAAUUGCCUUGGCUCAGGAACUGACACCAGCUCAGGAGCACAUCUGGCAAGCCAGGAGGAUGCACUCGGGGUUUAAAGUUAAUGAACACUCAUGAAAGAACAGUGUAGUCACUAACACAGCAUGACAGUCCAAAAGCAGUUCAAAACCAGCAAAAGAUUCCUUUUUAGACCAAGUCCAGAGUUUGUGAUCAGUUCCCAGCCUGGUUUGUUCAGGGUAGAAGCUCUUAUGAGGGAUAUAAAAACACUAAGGGUUGGUUUUGUGACACUGUAAUAGCAUCCAGAAUGGAUUCUGUAGUUUGUUGGUGUCACUGUGGUGCCUGCUGAAGUCUGGAUCACCUUUUCUGGUUCUUAAGGUGUCAGUCAAGUAGAAAUUUGUCAGCAGGUACUACAGCUCAAAGCACAGUUUUGCUCUCUUUGGUAAUUACUUUUAAAAAGCACUGGGAUGAUAACUUUCCUUUUUUUUUUACUCUAAAUUAUAAAAUAAAAUAUUAAAUAUGCGUUCUUUAAUUCUUUAUGCCUCUCUCUUUGAACCCAAGUUCUAGGUUUCACCUGUGCUAACAAUCCACUGUGCUACUUCCCACUUCACAGUGGCCUUGACCUUAAGAAAAGCCACAAAACACACCAGAGGGGCCAACAGCCAACUGUUACCACUCAAACAGCAGCAAGGAAAACGUGUAUCCUGCUCCAAAGGAGCCAGUGUCCUGUCAGUCUGAGCAGGAGGUUGAAAGGACCUUUGUAGGAGGGAAUUUUCAGCAGCACUUAUACUUGGCUCUGAAAAUAGGAAAUCCAGGUUCAGUGUGUUUUGCACAAACACAGCUCUUACUGUGUUGAAUUCUGAAGCAUUUGGACCAGUCCUGGUUUAACAAGGCCAAUUCUCUAGAUCCUUAUCUCCAGAUCAGAUCAGCUGCCUUAGUCCCCCUCCUGUCUACAUCUGGCAAAGAAAAACUGAAAGAGCAAUGACUCUGUCCCUGUUUGCAUCAGUGUGAUGCUUCAACCUUCCCUUUUAGCCCAACAAGGUAACAUGGAUUUAAGAGAUGAAAAUGUAUCUUAUUAAGUAUAAUUACAAGGUAUUUUACCAGGCAAAUGAAAUAGUCUUUGACUUGGUGUUUUUCCAGUGUUAACAGUCAUUACUUAGCUGUCCCCAAAAAAGAUGCAGGAUAUACACAUUGAUAAACUGUGUGGAGAGACAACCUGACUGCAGUCAUUGGUAUGUGCCAGCUGAUGACACCAUGCAAUAUGUACACAGACAACCUGAGUGAGAAGGAAGAAAAAAAAUAUUACUAUUGACAUUUACAGAGCAAAAUAAAAUCCUGCCUGUUGAGCAGACUGUGGUUAGCCCUAAUCUAAAACAUUCAGCGAACACAAAGGAGAUGAAAAGCUGAACAUUUAAUAUAAGGAAAGAUAUCUUUAUUUUCAAAAAAAAGGAAAAACGUGCAAAGCUGUGGGGUUUUAUAUCAUUAAAAACAAUGGCUAAUAUUUGGCAUCCUUAAAGAAGUAGAAAGAGAUUAAUUUUCCUUAAGAUAAAUCACUUGGAUCGUUAUCAAACAAUCAUUGUCUUGGUUAUGUUAAAAUCCACUCCUUGUCUGGCAUACACAUAUUUAUGAGUGGGAAAUGGCAUAAAAUCAUUACCAGGAGGAAAUGCUGCAUCUCUUCUCUAGAAAAUAGGUGAGAAGAGGCCACUCCCCUGCUACUCUACAACUUUAAAAAGCCACACUACUUACUUAGGCUUUUUUCAAAGAGUAACCUGGGCUGAAGAGAUGAUUUGAGUCCAGCUUAAAUUCCAAAUUUCCAUCUAUAUUCAGUGACAGCAGAAGAUACAUCCAGUCAAACAUUAAUUAUUCCUUAAAGAUAACUGACAUCCAGGAUCCCUCCAACAAAUGGGGCUGGGAAACCCACAGCACGUUAACUCAGCUUGCAGGGCAGCACUACCUGUACUAGGGAUCCUGUUGACUUUUCCACUGCCCAUGCCAAGUCCUCUCAAGGUGGUAACAAUCUCUUCAUGUUUUGUAUGGCACAGGAGUCACACAUCUAAAAGGUGUCUGGAAACAAAGUCAAAGUUCUUGAAGACAGUCUGCUCCUUGUGGGUGAGGAGAGCAACCCUCUCGGGGGGAGUGAGGAUUGGCUUUUGGGAGGUGAACUCUUCAUCAAAGUUGCUGAUGUCUGUUGGAUCUCUCAACGUGGGCACAAAGGGGGGCUUCAGUCUCCUGGCAAGCAAGGCAUCCCAAUCAAUUCCCUGUAAGAGAAGGGAACAAGCCAGAUUGACAAAUGCAGCUGCCAUCAAAUAGACUGACUGGCAAUCACUGCCAUCACUACACAGCAUCUUUGAUGCUGCAGCUUCAUUUAAAAAGGAGUAUUUAUUGAUGUCUCUAAAGUUGGUUGUAUUUGUACAUAGAAGCAGCACAAUCAGAAAUAACAAAGGGGCUCUGGCAGCUUACAGAUCCCAGAAAACACGUGGGAUGCCAUUUCAACUGUGAAUUAAAACACAUAUUCCUGAAUGGAGCAAUGAGGUGCAACAGAAACUAUCACUAAGAUCUCACUAAUGGAAAUAUGCCUCAACACCAACAGAGAGCAAA